CGCUUGUUGACAGAACCACUUCCGGGAGCCGCUGCCGGGCGAGCUCGGCGGCAGUUGCCAUGGGCAAGCGCGCGGGCCGGAGCCAGCUGCUCAGUACUCUGACGAAAAAGCAGAAGAAGCAUCUCCGGGACUUCGGGGAGGAGCACCCUUUCCACGACAGGGUUUCUGGAAAGGAAGCAAAACCGCAGAUUUGCCAACUGUCAGAAAGUUCAGAUACUUCAAAUUCUGAAAGUGAAUCAGAGAGUGAACCAGAGCAAGUUUCUGGGUACCACAAACUACUUGCUACAUUAAAGAAUGCUUCUGAGGAAGAGGAGGAGGAAGAGGAGGAGGAGGAGGAAGAAGGUAGUGUUCAUGAUGCAGAAAUGAAUAAAGAAGAUGUGAGUAGCGACUCCUUUGUGGAGGAAGAGACAGCAGCAGAGUCGGCGGAGAUGAAGGAGAAUGUGGCCAUACCUGGUGACCCUGAGGGAAGUGGCGGAGAAGAGCAGCCUGCUGGCUCGUCGCAGAAACCGCCGACCGAGUUUACGGACGCACAGCAUGAGUCACUCUUCAGCCUGGAGACCAAUUUUCUUGAGGAGGAAGCUGGAGAUGGCUCCUGUUUAAAGGUCUCACAAGAUCCAUUUGUACAACAUGUGAACAAAGAACUGAAAGAAAAAGAGAUUCAAGCACUUCCAGCAAACCCCAAAACCACCCAUCAGCUAAAAUGGCCUGUCAUGGGCCAGCUUGUCUUUUCAUCCAGGUUUCAGGAGAUGGAAACAUUUAAACCUCCAAAGGAUUUUGACCUGAGGUUGCUUCAUCUCCAUAAGCCGCUGGAAUCCACCUGGACCAAGACCAAUGGCCAGUUCUUGUCUGAUUCCCCAAAAUCAAAUAGCCCCUUCACCCCGCUCCAAAAGGAGCUCUUCUUAGUCAUGAACUCCUACCGGGACCUGUUCUACCCGGAAAGGACUGCGCUGCGGCACGGGGAGGAGGUCCGCCAUGUGUAUUGCCUGCACGCGCUCAACCACGUGCUCAAGGCCAACGCCCAGGUGCUCAGCAACAACAGCAAGCGACGAGGCCAGAAGCCUGGGCUGUGCGAUGAUGAUGGCUUCAGGGACCAGGGGCUGACGAGGCCCAAGGUGCUGAUAGUGGUGCCGUUCCGGGAAGCUGCUCUGCGGGUGGUGCAGCUCUUCAUUAGCCUCCUGGAGGGGGACAGCAAGAAGAAAAUCAUUGUGAGCAACAAAAAGAGAUUUCAGAGCGAGUAUGGGUCAGAUCCCGAGGAGAGACCACCCAACCUGAAGAGGCCUGAGGAUUAUGAAGCUGUGUUUGUGGGUAACAUCGAUGACCACUUCAGGAUUGGAGUGGCGAUUCUUCAGAGGAGCAUCCGGCUCUAUGCCCCCUUCUACUCCUCGGACAUCCUCCUUGCCUCCCCACUGGGCUUGAGGACCAUCAUCGGUGGGGAAGGAGAGAAGAAGAGAGAUUUUGACUUUCUGUCUUCUAUUGAGCUCCUCAUCAUCGAUCAAGCUGACAUUUACCUGAUGCAGAACUGGGAGCAUGUCCUGCAUUUGAUGAACCACAUGAACCUGCUGCCCCUGGACUCGCAUGGAGUUGACUUUUCUCGAGUGCGGAUGUGGAGCCUUAAUAAUUGGGCCAGGUACUAUCGCCAGACGCUGCUGUUUGGGGCCCUGCAGGACGCCCAGAUCAACUCAGUGUUCAACAAGUACUGCGUGAACCUGCAGGGCCAGGUGGCCGUGCGGAAUGUCCCCAGGACAGGCUCCAUCAGUCACGUGCUGGUGCAGCUCCCACACGUCUUCCAGAGGAUGGACUCAGAGAGCCUGGCCACAGUGAUCGACGCCAGGUUUAACUUUUUUGUAAACAAGAUUUUGCCUCAGUACCGGGAUGCAGUCAUGUCCCACACUCUCAUCUAUGUCCCCUCCUACUUCGACUUCGUGCGUCUGCGAAAUUACUUCAAGAAGGAGGAACUGAACUUCACCCACAUCUGCGAGUACACCCAGAAGUCUGCUGUCUCCAGAGCCAGGCACUUCUUCCUUCAAGGGGAGAAGCAGUUUCUGCUCCUCACAGAGCGCUUCCAUUUCUACAAAAGGUACACAAUCAAAGGCAUCCGGAACUUGAUAUUCUAUGAGCUGCCCACGUACCCUCACUUCUACAGCGACAUCUGCAACAUGCUGCGGGCCACCAGCCGGGGAGAGGAGGCCACAUGGACCUGCACUGUCCUCUACACCAAGUACGACGCGCAGCGCUUGGCAGCUGUGGUGGGUGUGGAGCGGGCCGCGCAGAUGCUGCAGUCCAAGAAGAAUGUCCACCUAUUCGUCACUGGGGAGCAGUGAGGCUGCGAUCAGGGUACCAUGGGCACGUGGCGGACCCAUGCCUGACCCUCACGGGAGAAGGGCAACAGGCGGGACCGCGCUGGGCAGUGUCGCUGGCACUGCCUCCUUCCUUCUCAGCCUCAUAGCCAUGAGGUUACAGGGAACCUGAGCUCUGCUGAGUGGAGGCUCUCAGGCAGGAGGGACCUAGAAGGACUGAGAAAUUCAUAAAUUGAAAUUUCUACUUGUGAAUCUUUGUAACCAGCAGUUUUUGUGUAUUUCUAAUUUAUUACAUUUGGUGGAUUCUUUCAGAUUUGUCUCUUUGGCCUACAUGUCAUUGCUUGUGAGAGCAGAUUAUAAGAAAUGGGAAUACAUCUGA